CAUGCCGGAGCCUUCCAGGUCGGCUCCGGCGCCCAAGAAGGGUUCCAAGAAGGCCAUCACCAAGGCCCAGAAGAAGGACGGUAAGAAGCGCAAGCGCGGCCGCAAGGAGAGCUACUCCAUCUAUGUGUACAAGGUGCUGAAGCAGGUGCAUCCAGACACCGGCAUCUCCUCCAAGGCCAUGGGCAUCAUGAACUCCUUUGUCAACGACAUCUUCGAGCGUAUUGCCAGCGAGGCCUCUCGCCUGGCGCACUACAACAAGCGCUCCACCAUCACGUCCCGCGAGGUGCAGACGGCCGUGCGCUUGCUGCUUCCCGGAGAGCUGGCCAAGCACGCUGUGUCUGAGGGUACCAAGGCUGUCACCAAGUACACCAGCUCCAAGUGAGGCGUACCGCUGUAUGCCCGGAACCCAAAGGCUCUUUUCAGAGCCACC